UAUACUUCCGUGCAACUUGUUUCGGAUGCGACCAUUCAAGCUCAAAACGGCCACAGGAGUGACUAGCGUUUCUGCCUGUUUGCCGGUGUCAAGUCCCACGAGAGAUCACAGUUGAAGAAACAGGCAACCUACAUCAUCCAAGAAAGGGGAAAAUGGCCCAGUGUGCAGAGCCUGGUGCCGUUAACGGAGCGAAACCAAGAAGGGUAGCCAUCAUCACGGGCAUCACUGGACAGGACGGCUCUUACUUGGCAGAGUUUCUGCUGGAGAAGGGCUAUGAGGUCCAUGGUAUUCUGCGCAGAUCCAGUUCCUUCAACACUGGUCGCAUCGAGCACCUCUACAAAGAUCGGUGCACACACACAGAAGGAAAUAUGAAAUUACACUAUGGAGAUCUGACAGACAGCACAUGCUUGGUAAAGAUCAUAAACGAGGUGAAGCCUACAGAGAUCUACAACCUCGGAGCCCAGAGCCAUGUGAAGAUCUCUUUCGACCUGGCGGAGUACACAGCCGAUGUGGACGGCGUGGGGACACUGCGCCUGCUGGACGCGGUCAAGACAUGUGGACUCACACACUCGGUGCGCUUCUACCAGGCCUCCACCAGUGAGCUCUACGGCAAGGUGCAGGAGAUCCCCCAGAAAGAGACCACACCCUUCUACCCAAGAUCACCCUAUGGUGCUGCAAAGCUCUACGCUUACUGGAUAGUGGUGAACUUCAGGGAGGCUUAUGACCUCUUCGCUGUGAAUGGAAUCCUCUUUAACCAUGAGAGCCCAAGAAGAGGUGCAAACUUUGUGACGCGUAAGAUCAGCCGUGCAGUGGCAAAGAUCCACCUGGGUCUGGCUGAGUCCCUGAGCCUGGGCAACCUAGACUCCAAGAGAGACUGGGGGCAUGCUAAAGACUAUGUAGAGGCCAUGUGGCUGAUGCUUCAACAGGAGACACCGGAGGACUUCGUCAUAUCAACAGGAGAAGUGCACAGCGUACGAGAGUUUGUUGAGCGAGCCUUUAAACACGUAGGCAAAACUAUCCAGUGGGAGGGCGAGGGAGAGAAGGAGAUUGGCCGCUGUGUGGAGACUGGCGUAGUGCAUGUGCGUGUCGACCCCAAGUACUACAGACCGACUGAAGUGGACUACCUACAAGGGGACUGCUCCAAGGCUGGGAGGAUAUUGGGCUGGAAGCCAAAGGUGUCCUUUGAGGAACUCGUCAAGGAGAUGGUGGAAGCUGACAUUGAGCUGAUGAGAAAGAACCCAAAUGCCUGAGAAACACUCACAACUAACACACACAAACUAUCCAUCCAAAAAACCCAACACUCCUUAAGUUUGAAAUGUCUUUUUUUUUUUUUUUUUAAAUUUAAAUUUUUUAUUUACGUUUGCUUUGCCUUUGCACAUGCACUCAUUAGCGUUCCACGCACAUUCCUGCAUCAUGUGUACAUUCUUAUCGCACAUUCCUGGCCUCUCAUGCCUUCUUCCUGUGUUUGUGUGUUUUUUUCCUUUCUGUUUUCUACAGCCAAAAGAAGGAUUCAAGCGCUUUUUAUUAUUUAACAAAGUCUAUUUUUUAUUUUAUUGUUGCAGAGAUGAAGGUGUUGCAAAAAUAAUGAAGUUACUGUAUUGUAAACCUAUAGAGAUUUAUUUCCUACUAUGUAAUCAUGUAAAAAUGGUUUUUUACAUUAAAUUUUAGAGGAAUUUAAA